CAACUUCUCCACGCAACUCUUGACGCCUUUCGUGUAUACCCAACCACACCCACACUCCACCAUGCACACCACACAACACCCGCCCGCCAGGGCAACGAAUGAUCAACAUACCCCCCUCUCCUUCUCCCGUGCGGACCUCCACGACCUCCUCACACACUACCAGACGCAAAACGACGCCCGGCUAGUCGAGCUCCUCGCGCAGUCCGAGCAGCGCAUCAUCACGCGUGUUAUAGCAGCGAUGCGUACACCUGUUGACAACAAGGGCACGCAGACCACCACGUCUACCAUCACCACCGCUCAAGAAGAUGCAGCGGAAGAACUCCCCAUGCAGCCCUGGACGCCACCCAAAAGCCACACGUUGCGCUCGCGCCGGACCCCGACAGUCUCAUCCCCUCGUGCCGCGCCGGUAGAGACGAGUAGCUAUAAGCGACGAGCGUGUAGACGGGAUGUCGAUGCCGUGGCCAUGGGGUUUGCGGCGCUGAGGGUCCGUGACAAAUUGGGCGAUGCGGAGGCUCUCAAGAUCGCGGGAGACACGCUACUUCCGGAGGAUUCGGAAGAUGAGAGUGAGGAGGAUGAAGAGGAUGGGGAUGGGGCGUCUGUGGUGAGCGUGGUGGGGACGGAGGGGACGGAGGUGUCGCUGUUUGACUUGCCUUCUGUGCCUGUGCCUGAGGAGAAGUAUGUUGGGGAUGGGAACACCAGCUUGGAUGUCGAAGGUGAGGACGAGAACGCGAGCUUGGAUGUUGCAAAUGAGGUCUUGGGUGAAGGACCUCAGGAGGUCAUCAUCUUCACGGCAGUUCCAUCGUCGUCCCUCGAAGACGGCGACAUCAUCUCGGGAGAGGACUCGAUGACCACGCAAACUGCCCUCGUAGCCGCCGAGGAACCUACUCUUACGAUCGAAGAGGAUGAGCAGAUGGCUGAGACGGAUCACCAAGACACUGUUCAUGAAGUGCCUCAGCACAUCGACACCUCCCCUACCACCACUAUGGAAUCAAGCGAGAAUCUCCAAGAAGCCGCGCAAGACUCUCCAAUGGUCGACGUAACGGUCCUCGUAGCCAUCCAAGCCCCCCAACAGCCUCUAUCCGCCGACGCCAUGGAAGGCGUCAAUUCCCACAACGAACCUAGCAAGCAGGAGCCGCCCCCAGACGACGACAUGACAGACGCACCGGCUCCCACCAUCCUGGACAACACAGCCCAGCAGUCUCCCAUCCCGUCCAUCCAGCCCAAUCCCUUCGACAGGAUGCGACACGACAACGCCACAGCUCAUCUGCAGUUCAGCGGGUGGAGUGCAUUAUUCCCCCGUGGAGCGACGACUUCAAAUUCAACCCCGGCUGCGAAGCACAACGUGCCGCAUGUGUACGGGAAUGAAGUCACCAUGGAGGAUGCGAAGCCUUCUGCAACGACAGCGCCGUCUGGGACUACGCCCACGAAUGCCGUGGUAGUUGUCCCACAGGUGGUUCCGUCGGUGGGUGCGUCGUUCAGCGCGCUCCCGGCGUUUGCGCCGUCGCGGAUUGCGGCGAGCUUGGUGGGGAGUCGGAGUAGUGAUGAGGUUCAGGGUGGAGUGGACGGCGCGUCUUCUACUGUCGAGGAGGCGAGUGUAGUCGCCGAGACGCCUGUUUCGACUACCACAGAGGACGAGGAGGCACUUGUAGCGUCUCCAACCACCACUGCGGAAGACCAGCCAGCGCAGUCCCUCACCUCCGACCCUCCCUCACCACUCCCGCCCUCUAGCGCCUCUCCAGAAACCCAACUCAUCGCCCUCCUCUCCCACGCCAUAUCCACCCUCCUCCCCCGCACAUCAGGCCACAUGUUCGCCCUGGACCUCUCCUGCCCGCACACACGCACCAGCGUCCUCUCCUUCCUCGCCACCAAAACCCACUGGCCCAGCUCCCCCACCCCGCUCCCCCCCAGCCUCGAAACCGCACUCUCGCAACUCCAGCACACCCUCGCCCAGAACCUCACCCCCCGCCUCGAAGCCCUGGUAUUCAUGUGCAUCGAAUCAUCUCUCCGGCCGACUCUCGUGCUGAAAAACGACCUGCGCACUAUGAGCACGGCGCCGCAGCGCAGGCGCAAGGCGUAUGCGCUGCUGUCGCGGAUUGUGGGGAGGAAUUUGGCGCUGCUGCAGAGUGGGAGGGUUGGGGGUGUUAUGGGGUGGGGGGAGAUGGGGGGCAAGGUUGUUGAGUUGGAUGGAGUGGCGUUUAAGGCGGGGAGGCGGGGGGCGGGGGUUGCGGAGCAUUUGAAGGCGUAUGGGGAGUGUAUGAGGGGGUUUGCGGAGCAGUGGGGGGAUGUGGGGUUUGUGGAGCGGCUUUUGUUGGAGAGGGAGGAGGAGAGGAGGGAAGGAGAGGAGAAGAAGGAGAGGGAGGUGGAGGUGGAGGUGGAGAGGGCUGCGAGGGCGGCUGCGGGAUUGCCGCCGCUGGCUGUGGUUAAGGUGGCUGUGGUUGAUGGCGAUGGGAUGGCGGUGCAGGGGAAGAAAAAGAAGCGCCCGAUUGGGAAGAUGGAGGUCCCGUUUGUCAUCGCAACGCCGAGUCCGAAGCGUACUCGCAAGUUGGACGGCGACGAGUUGGACGGCGAUGAGUGAGUCAUGUCGAGGAAUUGUUUCGUCUGUUCGUGCUUGGUAUUUUGGACGUUUUCUAUUUUUGGCUUUUUCGCGGGGAAAGAUAACCGGAUAAAAAGAGGAGGAAUCAGGGCAAAGGUUUGGAGACAACGUACAUUCACAAAAGACGUAUAAAAUG